UCAUCACACUCUGCCACAUAACUCCAUUUUGACUCCAGUUUUCUCUGAGCUCAUGGCGUCUCAGAUAUCACUCUGGUUUUUAGUGGCCUUGUUCAUCACUUUCAUAUGUUCUUCACAAGCUGCCACCUUGGAAGUUGGUGAGGAUGACGGAUGGACGUUAAACCCUGCAGAAAGCUACGCUGCAUGGGCUGGAAGAUUGAGGUUUAUGGUUAAUGACACCCUACAUUUCAAGUAUGAUGAUGCGACGGAUUCCGUUUUGGUGGUUGAUAAAGAUGAUUACGAUAGCUGCAAUGUUGAUGAUCCCAUUGAGAAGCUCGAUGGUGGUGAUACGAAUUACAGACUUGAACAUGGGGGACCUAAUUACUUCAUUACUGGUAAUAAAUCCAACUGUGAACAAGGUCAGAAGGUUGAUGUGGUAGUUUUGCAUAUUAGAACCCAAUCGCCACCUUCACCUCCGCCUGCUCCAGCACCUCUUCCACCGGCUCCGGCAUCUCCUGUUACACCCCCACCAACUGCAACUCCUGUUUUGACUCCGCCUGCUUCUGCUCCUACCGGAGGAAGCUCAGCCACCCCAGUUGCAAGUAAUCCGGCGGACUUGAAUCCACCACCACCAACACCAGCACCAUCCGCAACACCAUCGUCGGCAACAGCGGUUGUUUCCGGUACCAUAACUGCAUCACUUGUGACGAUGAUCAUUGCUUUGUGUUUGAUUAAUUGAUGAUUUUUAAUUUAACAUAAGAUUUGAAGGGUUUCAUGAUUGUGUUUAAAUCUUGAUGGUUUUGUUGAUCAAUUUCUUUGUAUUGUUUAUUUUAAGUUGUAUUGUUUAUUUUUCUUUUAGUUGAUGUUCAGUUGUUGAGUGUUCAUCAACCGAUGUUUUACAUUAAUGUGCAAUAAAGUUGGGUGGUUUAAUCUUUUUA